CCGCCAAAAACCUUCUCCUCUAUCAUCUCCAUCUCAGAGUCCACCUCACUUUCACUCUCUCCUAUAACACACACACAGACAAAACCACCAAGAAAUGAUAUUUUCUGUCUUAAACUCAAAACGUUAAUCACUUCAAAAAACAACACAUCAAUCCCAUCUAAUGGCUUCAAUCAAGCCAUCUUCUCGCUAUGCCAAUGCCACAUUUUCUUCCAUAGAUUCUUCCCCCUCUUCCUCUACCGACCUAACCCCUCAAACCCACAACCAGCGCAAUCACCACCCCUCUAAAAUCUCAUCACGCGCUCUCACGCGCCCUCAAGCUCCAUCCACUACGCGCCACAAUUUAGGCUCUUUAGUCAAGAAAUACGUGGAGCACAAAUCCGUGUCAUCAUCUUCUAAAUUAAAUCGGAAAGGAGAAUUAAAAGUGGCGGAUUUUGUAGCGGAAGAUUUAAAGAAGACGGCGAAAAGGGGUACUGGUUUGAGUGCUCUGCAUAAGAAGCUGUUUAAAGGAGUGAAAAGAGAAGAAGGUAGUGAGAAGAAAAAGGCGUUGAUUGAAGUCAAAGGGAAUACUAGGACUUUAGCUAUGGUGCUUAGAAGUGAGAGAGAAUUGUUGAGUAUGAAUAAGGAGCAAGAGGAUCAAAUUGUUGAGCUCAAAUUGAUGCUUGAGGAGAAAAACAUAGAGGUUGAGAAGCUAAAGGAUUUGUGUUUGAAGCAAAGGGAAGAGAUAAAGUCGCUGAAAAACUCCAUACUAUUCCCAGAUGUAAUGAAUUCUCAACUUCAGGAAUUUUUGGAGAAGCAGGGCUCAGAACUCAAGCAGGCAAAGCAGCUUAUACCAAGUCUUCAAAGGCAGGUCACUUCUCUUACAGGCCAACUACAGUGCCUUGCUGUUGAUCUUGCCGAGGUUAAGGCAGAUAAGUACUCUAUAAGAGGGUGUUAUGAUUCUCUUAGUAGCUCCCCAAGGACACCAGAUUACGAUCAAGAAGAAGCAGCGUAUUCUCUGGAAUUCAGUUCUGAACCUACAAUUCCCGGAAGUCCAGAUGACAUGCUUCUCAAGGACUUAAAUCCGUGCUUAACGCCUUAUUCUACCAAGACGAAGUCCGAGGAAUUUGAGUUCAAUUCUCCAGAUGACAAGAACUUGUUUAAAAACAAUAUACAAGUGUACCAUGAGACUAGCUAUAGCUGCAAUUCUUGUACAAGCAAAGUAUCGAAAAGUUCAGAGUGUUGUCAACGUUCAAAGGCAGCGAAAAGUUCAGUUCGUGCAGCUCGCAGAUCUGAUGAAAGUAAAUACACAUACAUAAAGCAGAUCCAUAAUAAGUUCUAAGGCUCAACCAACAUCCCCACUCUCAACUUCCAAUAUUAUGUAGAAAACAAUCUUCUUAAGCUUAC